AUGGUGGAAGCAAGCGCCGCAUUGAAGAUUGUCAAAAAGGCGUUGAAGCGUCAAGAUUCCAAGUCUCUCAAGCUCAAAGAACUGGCUAAAACGGUAGCCAAGGAAAUGGGAGAAGAAAAGAUUUCUUCCAAAGUCAUCAAGCAGUGGAUUCAAGACAGUAAAAAGUUUUCUUUGAAUGGCAAGGUCGUCUCUUUAGUGGAUAAGGAUGCUAAGAAACGCAAAGGAAAUGAAUCUCCACAAACGGUCAUUACCAAGAAAGCCAAGUUGAUUGAAGAAGAAGACGAAAGCAGUGACUCCAAAGAGGACUCUACCCCUAAGACUGGCAGUGUCCAAGAAUGGAGGACGGAAAACAAAAUUGUAGUCAAGCAUUCUACCGACGACAAACCGUUGGAGGAUGAAAUUAUCCAAAACCCCCAGUACCAUCCUUUUACGACGUUUGAUGCCUGCAAAUCCGUGACUCCCGCUCUCAUUCAACAAUGCACCAAAGGCAAUGGCUUUACCACACCCUCUCCCAUUCAAGCCCAGUCCUGGCCCAUUUUAUUGGCGCCACGCGACGUUGUGGGCAUUGCCGAAACGGGCAGUGGCAAGACACUGGCAUUUGGAUUGCCCGCUCUCCACAAAAUGAAAUUGGCGGGCAAAUGUCGCAAACCCCGCAUGCUCGUCCUUUCGCCCACGCGCGAAUUGGCCAUGCAAUCCGAUGCCGUUCUGCAAGAAUUUGGUGCCGUCGUGGGAUUGCGCUCCAUUACACUCUACGGGGGUGUCCCCAAACAAGCUCAAGUGGCCGAACUCAAACGAGGCAAUGUCGAUUGUCUCGUGGCGACACCGGGACGAUUGAAGGAUUUGUUGCAAGAAGGAUCCUGUGAUUUGAGUCAAAUUGGAACGUUGGUACUGGAUGAAGCUGAUAGGAUGCUGGAUAUGGGAUUUGAAGAAGAUGUACGAUACAUCAUCUCCCAAUGCCCCGACAAAGAUCAACGACAAACGGCCAUGUUCUCCGCCACUUGGCCGGCCGCCAUUCAGGAUAUUGCCAUUAAUUACAUGAACGAUCCCAUACGAAUCUACGUCGGGUUCGAGGCCAUUGUCGGAAGCAACGGGCAAAACUCGGUCGACGACGCACUCUCGGCCAACAAAAGAGUCGCACAAACCGUCGAAGUCAUUGACGAUCGGGCUCGUGAAGCGCGAUUGCGACAGCUCUUGGAAAAAUACCAAAAGGGAAAACGCAGCAACGAUCGCAUUCUUAUUUUUGCCUUGUACAAAAAGGAAGCCGAGCGACUCGAGUUUUCGCUCCGUCGCAUGGGAUGGAAUGUCUGUUCCAUUCAUGGCAACAAACAGCAGGCGGCCCGCACGGCGGCGUUGGCUGAAUUCAAGAGUGGCAAAUGUCCACUCAUGGUGGCGACUGACGUUGCGGCCCGAGGACUGGAUAUUCCCAAUGUGGAAGUCGUCAUCAAUUUCACAUUUCCCCUCACCAUUGAAGACUACGUUCAUCGCAUUGGAAGGACUGGAAGGGCCGGCAAAACGGGUAUCAGCCACACGUUCUUUCAACCAGGCGACAAAUCUCAUGCGGGGGAACUUCAGCAAGUCAUGAAACAAGCUGGGCAACCCGUGCCAGAUGCCCUCAUGAAGUUUGGCAGUACCAUCAAGAAGAAGGAACACAAACUGUACGGAAACUUUGGACCCAAAGACAAUGGAAAACCAAUGAAGAAGGCUACCAAGAUCACGUUCGACUACAGUGACGACGAAGAGUAG